ACAAAACGAGGAGUUUGACGAGGGAGAAAAUAUGAGUCCUGUUUCACAUUCUUUUUAGUCACGUUUUAUUAGUGACACAAGACUUUUUUUCGGCAAGCCGAAUGGACAGAGAAAAAAAUGAGCUUCGCUCAACAAAAAGGUUCGAGCAUGAUUUCGGUCACGCGCCCGCCAUGGACACAUACGGUGUCUCCAUGACCCCACAGGAGCGUCGUUGCUCUAGGGCUUUACACUCUUCCGGCACAAAAAAUACAAUAUACGUACAGUGUGCUACCGUAAUUGCGGGUAAUAUGGGGCACAGUGAACUAAAGAAGAGACUGCCUACACUGAAAAUCCAAGUCUGAGUUACGGUUUUCCUACGCUUGAAAAUCGUUUCACACUUGCAAGCGUGGAACACACGUUAAUCACAAUAAUGCGUGAGACAUUUUGGUUCAUGGCAAAGAACGGCAGCCGCCAGCCAGGUUGGCUCACGCCACUGCCCCGCAGAUGGAUUUGCAGUGUACGCACACCCUGCGUCGCGGUGCGUGAGCCGGCCGAGAGUGCUUCCCCGAAUCCCCUCCCCUCGUCAAGCGCUAGCACACUGAUUCCGAGAGUCGUUUUCUUCGCUCUGUCUCUCUCGCACCCACCCGGGAUGCCCCGCGAGUGCGAGAGAGACAGAGCGACGAAUGUUUCUCGGAAUCAGCGGGCAGUCCAGCCGGGCUCGACCACCGCUGCCGAAUGCUUGCUUGUGCGGUGUGCGGUGCGCAGCGCACGCAGUCUGCCUCUACCUGCGGUCAAGUCAAGUCAGCGGAGCGCAUCGUCGUCGUGUGCGUGGUCGGUUUUAAUCAGUUCCAACGAUGUCUGCCGCGCGACCUCUGAGCCACAACGAUGCGACGGGCCCUUGCGCCGUGUGCGGCAAAUCCGGCCUGCCGUGCGCGCGCUGCCGCGUGCACUACUACUGCAGCAAGGAGCACCAGAAGGAGCACUGGCCGCAGCACAAGCCGGGCUGCGGCAGCAUCGGGCUGGUUAACGGUGUGGUGGUGGCCACCAAGUGCAUCCCAGCCGGCACCGUCAUCAUGCGCGAAGUGCCCACGCUCACCUUCCCGUCGUCGCCGUGGACGUACCACGCACUCAAAAUUAAGUGGAUGUGUUCAGCGUGCUACGCCAACAUGACCUGGAUGAAGUCGGCCUACCAGUGCACCCGUUGUGGACUCCCCGUCUGUGACGACCAGUGCAGCCAGUCGACCAAUCACCAAGUGGAGUGCCAGAUAAUGCAGCGCGCCAAGUACAAAGUGUCCGAGGUUGACCUUCGUGGCCCUCAGAACUUCUUUUUUGGCGCUGUUGUGGCGACUCUACGCAUUGCCGCAGCGUUCCGCGGGAACCCGCUGCUUCAACAUUUGGACCGUGAAUGGAACUUCGAGAUAGAGGGUUACAAGAGGGUGCCUUCCGCGACGAGUAUGAUCAGAGGCAACCAUAAGGCCUGCUCCACAGUAGCCUCCCUGUUGCGCCGGACGGUCAAGGAGUUCUCUGAAGAUGACCUGAAACGGGCCGCCCGCAUCUCCUUCAUGUACGGAGAGGAAAUGGAGGGCCCCAGCCCCGAAAGGUUCAUUGGCGUCACCAAGCAGCGCUACGGGCGGCAUCUGUACCUCGGAAUGCAGCUCCGGAAGCACAGCUGCUACCCCAACACCGGCGACCGGUGCAUGGCGCCAGAGACCGCGGAGCACGUUGUAGUGACAACGAGAAACAUCAGUGCUGGCGAAUGCAUCACUAAAAACCACCAGGGCGUCGACUGGCUGGAUGAGACAAUGCAGCGGCGCACCCUCAUCUUCACUCGCUGGGGGUUCGUCUGCGACUGCGAACGCUGCAGUGACCCUACCGAGAUGGGAAUGUACGUUGGCUCGCCCUGCUGCGUCGUCUGCGCACGAAAGGGUCGGCAGAGCUACUUGGUGCCGGUUGUCAAAGACCACAGCCAGUGGCGCUGUGAGGGUUGCAACAAAAAGAUGACCGAAGCCCAGGUCCAGUGCUUAACUCUUGACGUUGAGAAGAAGAUGGACAAGCUUCAUGGAUCUCCACCGGACAAGUUACUCAAGUUCAUCGCUAGUCAGCUGCACCCUCGAGGCCCGCUGCACCCCACGCAUGGACUCGUGCUGCGCGCCAAAGAUUACAUCAGGGCCUACAUCUACGAGAACAGAGCCGACGAAUACGCUUCCGAGUCUGAAAUCGACACUUGGGAGGUGGUCAUCCGCGACCUGCUACGAGCCAUGGACCGACUGCUCCCCGGAACCAGCGAGGCGCGUAUCAUGGCGCUGCUCGAGCUGCGGCGGCUUGUCCUUGGACGCGUGCGGCUAUAUUGCAGCGACAUCCUACUCACCGCCUUGGGAGAUUUCAAAGAUGUGUGCCCCGAGAUUAUGGAUCCGUCAUUUUGGAAGGAUAGGGAGGCCGUGCUGGAGGUGAACAAGGAGCUUUGUCGAUACCACUUCAACCGAGACGAAGAUGAGCCGAAGCGAUCUCUGAUUAAUGAUCCUUUCGGUGGCAGGUAGAUCCAUAGAGACUGUGAGUGGAAAGGCCUCUGUCUCUGUCGCAUGUAACAAUGUUGUCAAAGUCCGUGUAUUUUCAUUUUAAGAAUUGAAAUGAAUUUUUUCAAACCUAUCAA